CGCAAUGCCAACAGCCGCUGCGUCGAACUGGAAACACUACCUACGGUUUGGACUGACGCUUUUCCACAGUUUGGUCGCAACCGGCAUCAUAGCACUCGCCAUUCUCGAGUUUACGUACCUGCCGCCGUUUUUUGACGUCGCUGGCGAUCGAAUUGGAAUCAAAGACGUAGUAUUUGAGAAUGAUCCAAGAACAAGAAGUCAUGAUUAUCGUCGUAUGAUGGACAUUCCGAUACUUGUUAAUACCUUGGCAUAUUUUAUGCUUUGCGUCUACCUACGUUUCACCGGAAUGUCCAUAUUUCUUACAAUGUUUAUCUCCACUAUCGUUCUAUCUUUCAUUGUUGUCAAUUACAGCGCAUACGAAUACUUCAACUGGAACUUUUUUUCUCAGCGACUUGGCAGUGUGGUGAUGACUAUCUGCUUCCUCACUGCGUCCAUGGUUGCAAACUUGGUCGUAUAUGCUUGGAAAAGGAAAAAACCGUAUAUAGAAGUGAAGCCUCGAGAGAAGGACAUUCACCGGCGACGACUUCUUACUUCUGUUCAUCGUCUAUCUGAUGGUGAAGAUUCUGCAUUCAGUGACAGUUUAUCGACUGCUACAAAUUGGCAGGAAACUCCUUAUAAAUCUCGAAUAGCAACUUUUGUAUGGAACGCCAUCAUUCUCUUCAUCAUCAUCUUCGUAUGCUUGCUCAUUUGGUUUUCAAGAAUGUACAUGUCCUACUGCUGCUUCACGUCACGUGAGGAGAUUCUUGCCCUUUGUCAAAUGACAAAUGAGGUGCAGUGUUAUCCUUGCUCAUCGUGUACAAGUGAUGUGGUUAAUAAUUGCUCUAACGACACAAAUAUGUUUCACUGUCUCUCGCCUAUGUACGAUGUGGACAAAUACAAAGGUGCCAUUUGUAUGUUCAACUACAAUGUCGGUUUCUUCUCUCUCGUUCUUGUUCUGGCUUACAUUGGAGGAGUCUACUUCAUCUCCUUCAACUUUAUUGGUGCUUUCUCCAACUUGGUCUUCCAAUGGUGCUACCGUCUCGACAUUUGGUGUCGUCGUCAUUGCUGCAGAGGGCAAUACCAAUACAUCAGCAGUGAAUCGAAGGACUCAAAGUCCAUUCAAAGAGAUGACGUCUGACGUGUUGUUGAUGGGCAGUUGGUUUGUGUUCAAUCUAUAGUUUUGAUAUCAAUUUGUUAUGGAUGGUAUUGAGUUGUGGUUUGGGUGUAUUGUCGCUGGGUUUUUGUCUUGAGUUUUUGCCAUAGGCAUGAUAUCCUUUUUUAUACUUAGUAAUGUCACUGAUGUGACAGUCACGUAUAGUCAGACUAUAGACUGUUUGUAUACCAAUGAACUACAUCGCAUCACAUCACUGUUGUGUAUUAUAUACAAAACAGUGAGACUUGAGUUCAAAAAAAUUUUCUCAACAUGAUUGAAUGCGAGUUAUGAUUGUUUGGUUAAUUAAUUCUUUACCUGAAAAUA